UGUUCAUAGUUUGCCAUUACCACUUCCCCAAGUUGAAAGGUCUCGAAAGGAUUCUUCGUCUCUGUAAAAAGUCGAAACCCUACGACUCUAAUGGCGUCAUUUGAAGAAGCAGCAGCAGGCGAUGCUACAGUUGGGGAGAAGGUAUUCAAAACGAAGUGCGCUCAGUGCCACACCGUCGAAAAAGGGGCCGGCCACAAGCAAGGGCCAAAUUUGAAUGGUCUGUUUGGAAGCCAGUCUGGCAGCACAGCAGGGUAUUCUUAUUCUGCUGCCAACAAGGACAUGGAUGUGGUAUGGGCAGAAAAUACACUCUAUGACUACUUGCUAAACCCUAAGAAGUACAUCCCUGGAACGAAAAAGUUUUUUCCUGGACUGAAGGAACCACACGAUCGAGCUGAUGUUAUUGCUUAUUUAAAGCAGUCGACUGCAUGAUUUCAUUCCGAUGCGGUUAAGAACCACUAAGGGCAUGCAUCUGUUCUUUUCUUAAUUAAGCAUAAAUGAUGAAUUGCUGUUUGUUGUUUUAUAUGCUGAAUAGCAGAAAAUAUAAAAUUAUCUAACUAUAUUGCAUGCUUUUAGCACUAA